UUGGCUCCUGGCAGCGCGCCGCUCCUGCGGGGAAGAAACAGAACCGUCCGGAACUGAGACAUACACACACACAGAGAGAGAGAGAGAGAGAGACGUUACUUCGCCGGAAAUCUUGAAGCUCAUUUAUUCCCGAACAGAACCGGUAGAUGAUGGCUCAGUGCGCAGGGACGACUUCCGGUUCUACCGCUAACAACUGUGGGAAGAAGCCGAGGAGAGUCGCCAUCAUCACCGGCAUCACCGGGCAGGAUGGAUCAUACCUGGCAGAGUUUCUCCUGGAGAAAGGCUAUGAGGUCCACGGGAUCCUGCGCAGGUCCAGCUCCUUUAACACUGGCCGUAUUGAGCACCUGUACCACAACCCUCAGACCCACACUGAAGGAACAGGGUCUGACCGUUCAGCAGGGUAUAUGAAGUUGCACUAUGGGGACCUAACGGACAGUACGUGCCUGGUGAAAAUUAUCAAUGAAGUCAAACCCACAGAAAUCUACAACCUGGGAGCGCAGAGUCAUGUGAAGAUUUCCUUUGACCUGGCGGAGUACACUGCAGACGUGGACGGUGUGGGGACAUUGCGCUUGUUGGAUGCGGUAAAGACAUGUGGCCUGACGGAUACCGUGCGUUUCUAUCAGGCCUCCACCAGCGAGCUGUACGGCAAAGUGCAGGAGAUCCCACAGAAAGAGACCACGCCGUUCUACCCUCGCUCACCUUACGGUGCUGCUAAGCUGUAUGCAUACUGGAUAGUAGUGAACUUCAGGGAGGCGUAUAAUCUGUUUGCUGUGAAUGGAAUUCUCUUCAAUCACGAGAGCCCUAGAAGAGGCUCUAACUUUGUGACACGGAAAAUUAGCCGCUCGGUGGCAAAGAUCCACCUCGGCCAAUUAGAGUGCUUCAGUUUGGGUAAUCUGGACUCCAAGAGAGACUGGGGCCAUGCCAGAGACUAUGUGGAGGCCAUGUGGCUGAUGUUGCAGCAGGACGAGCCGGAGGAUUUUGUGAUAGCUACAGGAGAGGUCCACAGUGUGAGAGAGUUUGUGGAGAGAGCCUUCAAACAUGUGGGCAAGUCCAUUGUGUGGGAGGGGAAGAACGAGAACGAGGUAGGCAAGUGUCAGGAGACCGGAGUCGUCCAUGUCAAAGUGCACCCCAAGUACUACCGUCCCACUGAAGUGGACUAUCUGCAGGGAGACAGCACUAAAGCGCUGAAGAAACUUGGCUGGAAGCCACAAGUGACCUUCGAGGAACUUGUUAAGGAGAUGGUGGAUGCAGAUAUUGAGCUCAUGAGAAGCAACCCAAAUGCAUGAGCCCGCACGCUAGCAGCACAUCUACAUACCAUGGACCUGUGUGUAUGCCCAAGAAAGAACACGCUUUAGUCUUUUUUUUUUUUUUCCUUUUUUUUUCCUCGUCUCUCUCCAGGCACUCCGUCCUGCCUGCAGUUUCUCUAGAUACAGAAAGACCGAGUGCUGCUUUUGGCAUUUCACAUUCCUUUUAUAUACUGUUAUGUCUAAUCACAAUCAUAAGUGUGCGAGGGGACUUUUAGCAUUUUUCUUUUUUCUGUAAUUUUUAUCCAGUUUUAUAUGGAUUAAAAUGUCUAUAUAUACUGUAGGCUUAAUAUAUGGUGAAAUCCAUCCUUGAAAAAUUGUUUGAAUGAUUUGUUUAAUGAUGCCAUCUUUUGAUAUUUAAUAGUU